CAAUCGACACCCUCAAAUUCAAACAAUACGUCAAUAACGCUGCGCUUGAGACCGUUAUUGCUUGGCUGAACCUAGAUCGACCCGCGUAGCACUGCAUCAACUCAGAAGUGUUGUCUCAGGCAAGGAUGCCCGUGUUGAGGGAGCAGACGAACAAGUACAGGAUCGAUCAACCGUCACCCGAGCAUCUCAUUGUGCCAGUUCAUUGGAGCAGUAUAGCGCACUGGAUGAUCGCUGUACUACAUCUGGAGCAAGAUACGUUCGAAGUGUUCGAUCCAUGCAGUCUGAGGACAAGUACGCCUUCGCCAGCACUGCACUUCGACUCUUUGUUGACAGCGUAAGAUGUGCGCGUGCAAAGCCUACCGCCCAUCUCGCCCCGGGCUAUGAGUGGACGGAGUUUCGGCCAAACGU